GUGUCAGGAGGGGUGGGGGUGGAGGCCUCAGCGCCUACAUUAGCCAGACCGCCUCGGAUUGAGGCAGCAGUUUGGUCAGAGCAGCCUCCACAUCCGCGCUGGGCGGGCGCAGCACUUGGAGCUAGCCCCGCGCCCGCCCCCGCGCAGCUCUGCACGGCGUUCCGCGGGGUCCGCACACACGCAACGGAGGAGCGCCCGCCUGGCUCUUCCGCCGAACCCCGGGGUCCUGGGUCUCCCAGGAGUCUGGGUUCCGCCUGGCCGCUUUUCACCGCCUUCUCUGCCCGCCCUACUUUUUUCGGGGUUCCUUGGCUUAGCCGAGGCGGAGAGAAGGCAAGCAGAGCAGAAAAGGAGGCGGGAGCCAGGGCGGCCCGAACCGAGAGAAAGUGGCAUGCCCGAGCCCUGGAGGCGUAGGUGGCGGAGGACGGGGGAAGACGAUGCCGCGCAUCCGUAGGGGAAGUAGGCGAGAGCGAGCGAGGCGAGCGGGGCGCUCGGGCGCCUACCGGCUGCGGGGAGGCGCGCAUCGCUCUGGGGCUCCGGCCUCCGCUCCCCCGUGCCCCGACGCUGCAGGCGACAGGGCUCGGCUCCAGCAGCCUCCGCCGUCGCCUCCGCCGCCUCCCGGAGGACCAAGCAAAAGUUUGGAUCUGGGGGAGGGCGCAGCGCUGAGCGGGAUUACCACCAGGGCUGGAAGGAGACCUCGAGAGCCUUCGCAGAUCGCAGAUUCUGCGUAACCAAGAAAUCCAUAGGUCCAUCAGUGCUACCCUGACCUCCACCAGAGGACUGGAGUUCUGCCCGCCCACUCUGGCUUGGGUACACUAGGCAGAUAACUUAGCCUCACCUGCUGCCUGCGUAGAAAAUUCUCCCUAUUGACGUCUUUUGGCACAUGGAAGACAACAGCAAAGAGGGCCACACAGGCCGAUAAGACCAGAGACAACAGAAAGGUUCUUUUCACUGAUGCCCUCCGGACAUUUCCUGUAGCUGGAGUUCUGGACUUUGACAGAACCCGUCUGGUCAUUUUGAUUUUGCUGAUAUAUAUUUUUUUAAUUUUUAUUUUCCCCGCCACAUUGUAUUUUCUUUCUGUUCUUCAGAAAUGGGCCUGCAGACCACAAAGUGGCCCAGCCAUGGGGCUUUUUUCCUGAAAUCUUGGCUUAUCAUUUCCUUGGGGCUCUACUCACAAGUGUCAAAACUCCUGGCCUGCCCUAGCGUGUGCCGCUGCGACAGGAACUUUGUCUACUGUAACGAGCGAAGCUUGACCUCAGUGCCUCUUGGGAUCCCGGAGGGCGUAACCGUACUCUACCUCCACAACAACCAAAUUAAUAAUGCUGGAUUUCCUGCAGAGCUGCACAAUGUACAGUCAGUGCACACGGUCUACCUUUAUGGCAACCAACUGGAUGAAUUCCCUAUGAACCUUCCCAAAAACGUCCGAGUUCUCCAUUUGCAGGAAAACAACAUUCAGACCAUUUCACGUGCCGCUCUUGCCCAGCUCCUGAAGCUCGAAGAGCUGCACCUGGAUGACAACUCUAUCUCCACAGUGGGGGUGGAGGACGGGGCCUUCCGGGAGGCUGUUAGCCUCAAGUUGUUGUUUCUGUCCAAGAACCACCUGAGCAGCGUGCCUGUGGGGCUUCCUGUGGACCUGCAAGAGCUGAGAGUAGAUGAAAAUCGAAUCGCCGUCAUAUCAGACAUGGCCUUUCAGAACCUCACAAGCUUGGAGCGACUGAUUGUGGACGGGAAUCUCUUGACUAACAAGGGCAUUGCAGAGGGCACCUUCAGCCAUCUCACCAAGCUCAAGGAAUUUUCCAUAGUCCGUAAUUCGCUCUCCUACCCCCCUCCAGAUCUGCCAGGUACGCAUCUGAUAAGGCUAUAUCUGCAGGACAACCAGAUUAACCACAUCCCGCUGACAGCCUUCUCCAACCUCCGGAAGCUGGAGCGGCUGGAUAUAUCCAACAACCAACUGCGGAAGUUGACUCAAGGGGUCUUUGAUAACCUCUCCAACUUGAAGCAGCUCACUGCUCGGAAUAACCCUUGGUUUUGUGACUGCAGUAUUAAGUGGGUCACAGAAUGGCUCAAGUAUAUCCCUUCAUCUCUCAACGUGCGGGGUUUCAUGUGCCAAGGUCCUGAACAAGUCCGGGGAAUGGCUGUCAGGGAGCUGAAUAUGAAUCUUCUGUCAUGUCCCACCAUGACCCCUGGCCAGCCGCUCUUUACCCCAGCCCCAAGCACUAUUUCUCCAACGACUCAGCCUCCCACCCUCUCUGUUCCAACCCCUAGCAGAAGCUACACACCUCCAGCUCCUACUACAUCGAAACUUCCCACCAUGCCUGACUGGGAUGGCAGAGAAAGAGCAACUCCACCUAUAUCUGAGCGGAUCCAGCUGUCCAUCCACUUUGUGAAUGAUACUUCCAUCCAAGUCAGCUGGCUCUCUCUCUUUACUGUGAUGGCAUACAAACUCACAUGGGUGAAGAUGGGCCACAGUCUGGUGGGGGGCAUCGUUCAGGAGCGCAUCGUCAGUGGGGAGAAGCAACACCUGAGCCUGGUUAAUUUGGAGCCCAGAUCCACCUAUCGGAUUUGUUUAGUGCCACUGGAUGCUUUUAACUACCGCGCUGUAGAAGACACCGUCUGCUCGGAGGCCACCACCCAUGCCUCCUAUUCGAACAAUGGCAGCAACACCGCUUCCAGUCAUGAGCAGACGACGUCUCACAGCGUGGGCUCCCCUUUUCUGCUGGCGGGGUUGAUCGGGGGUGCAGUGAUAUUCGUGCUCGUGGUCUUGCUCAGCGUCUUCUGCUGGCACAUGCACAAAAAGGGGCGCUACACCUCGCAGAAGUGGAAGUACAACCGGGGCCGGCGGAAAGAUGACUAUUGCGAGGCGGGCACCAAGAAGGACAACUCCAUCCUGGAGAUGACGGAAACCAGUUUUCAGAUCGUCUCCUUAAAUAACGAUCAGCUCCUUAAAGGAGAUUUCAGACUGCAGCCCAUUUACACCCCAAACGGGGGCAUUAAUUACACAGACUGCCAUAUCCCCAAUAACAUGAGAUACUGCAACAGCAGCGUGCCAGACCUGGAACACUGCCACACGUAACAGCCAGAGGUCCAGCGUUAGGAAGGCGAACCGCCAAACUCUUGAGAACACACACGUGUGUGCGCACAGACACGCAGAUCACAUUUGAUAAAUGUUACACAGAUGCAUUUGUGCAUUUGAAUACUCUGUAAUUUAUACGGUGUACUAUAUAAUGGGAUUUAAAAAAAAAGUGCUAUCUUUUCUAUUUCAUGUUAAUGACAAACAGUUUUGUAACUCUUUGCUUUUUAAAUCUUAAAAAAAAAAAAAAAUUAGUUGCUGAAGUACUGUACGGGGUUGUACAAUGAGAA